AUGGUCACUUCAUUCUUGCAAAAAUGCUUUCGAUGUCAACAGGACGCUGUGGAGGCAGAAUACUCUGUAAAGGAGAACAUUGAAAACCCUGUAUUAGAGGACAGGCCCCAGAGCCCGCGAGGGCAAGCCGAGGCGUGUGCCUCUAAGGUCUCCUACCCAGGACGACCUGCCGCCUCCAGCACCGCUGCGGCUGCGCUGCUGGCCCACGGGCCCUCCCUGGACACCCUCGCGUUCACCAUCUCCGUGAUGCUGUGUGAUUCGAUGUCGGCCCACGUGCUGCGCCGCUUCGUGCUGGAGACCGCCGUCAAGGCGGUGCUCGUGCCCGGCGACGGAGGCGGAGCGCCUGACGGGGCCGCCGGUAUGGGCUACCUCCUUGGCGCUACAGCUCUCCCUGGCGCCGCUGCCGCUGGUUCACCGCUGCCUCAGUCAGCAUCGUCUUCCCGAGGCGUGACGCGCGCACAGUACGGCAGUGGGUACGGGAAUGCGGAAAGCUUGAACGGAGCCUCGCCGCUGGACCCGAUGCCCUCGGUUGGUGGGAGCGGCGGUGGCGGUGGCGGUGGGGCGGGCGAGGCGGCAGCGGGGGGGCCGGGGAGUUUGAGGACACUUGGGGGAAAAUCCCGACGGCUGAGUUUGCUGGCGGCUGGGUCCCACUCGGGGGCUAUGCCCCGCGAUACAGUCAGGGCCUCCUCCAUCAGCUCUGCGCCACCGCCACAGGAGGCCCCUGGGCAGCAGGACGAUACGGGGCAACAACAAGCUGCACAGCAUGGGCUAGUGCUGGGACUGGGACUGGGGCAGAGUCAGGGCGGUCGUCCCGCAGCCGCGUGGCUGUUGGGCCGCAGACCCCACUCCGUCAAGUCCGUUGCAGUCCCCGACUCGUUGAUGGGCCCUGCCGCCAGCGGCGGAAGCACGGUUGCGGGCACAGCAGUGACGGCGGCUGACCUGGCCGUCAGCUACCGUACACUCAGCGGCACGACGACCACUCGGCCAUUAGUGGUGGCGUUGCCGUUGGGGCCCGAAGCCGCCGCUGGCUCCGGGGCGCGGGCCGUCGACACGCGCGCCUCCAAGUCAGCCAAUGCAGCGAACAACUGCAGCAACGUCAGCAGCUUCCUGGCAGCCGCGGGCUGUCCGCCCGCCAGCGCUCUGCUGAGCUCCUGGCAGGGGGGUAUUCUCCAGCCGCCCGCCGCCGCAGUGACGGCGCACACCUUCCCGCUGCAGCAUACGCUGCUUCAGGCGUGCUCCGCUGCUGCUGCCGCCGCCGCCGCUGGCGCGGCCUACUCCCGCGGCGGUGCGAGCGGCCCCGGCGCCGUCGGUGCGGCGCACGGCAGCAGCCGCGCCUCCGUCGGAAGCGAUGGCUGCGGCGGGCUCCACCCGGCGGUUGUGGAGGACUGCUGCUCGUUAUUGCAAGACGUCCACCGGCCCUGCCGCGACGUGUGCUUGCUUAUGGGUAUUUUGAGCCAGCGGCAGGAGGUACACAAGCUGCAGCAGCAGCUGCAACACGCACCGUCGACGCCGCUGCCGGGCACGGCCGCAGCGGCAAUGCUGCCACCGCUGCAGCGGACUUCCUCCCAACCUCAAUUGCAGCUGACACAAAUGAAUGCCGUCGGCAUGGCUGCUGCGGCGACGUGGCGAACCGCCAGCCCCCGGGUGACGCAGUCGCUGCUACCCGCCGCCUCCACCGGCACACAGGGCUCUGGCGUCGGCGGCAGUAUGGGGCCUCGUGGCGGCGGGGGAGCAGGGCUGCGCUCGCUUGCGGUGGUGCUGGUACCGACGCACGUUUCGCCUGCCGCGGCAGGUGCCGCGGUUGUAUCAGCGGAAGGCGCGGCAGCGGCUGCUGCGGCUGCGUCCUCAUCCAAAAGCUCCUCUGGCUGUGCUGCUUACCUGGGUUUGUACGUUUGCUUCCACGCACGGCUCCCUCGGGCCUUGUUGGAGACCGUGAGGGCUAGUUGCCAGGAGCUGGUGGACGAGGCCCUCUGCCGCCUUGUUGCCCAACGCAUGUGCGGCGACCUGGCUCCCGAGCUGGAGGUAUUCAAGGGCGCAGCUCCUGGGUCCUACGCGGUAAUGCGCGGCCUGGAGCUAAACGACGACGGACCCCAGCCCCAACCGCUAGGCGCAGCUGGUACUGCCGCUGCCGCUGCUGCUUCCACACCCACGCGCCGCCGUGGUCCGCCCUCCGCCUCGCCUCAUAGCGGCGUCGGUGCGCACGUGCUGUCGCUGUUCGGGCGGUCCGCCGCGCAGGGGCUCUCGGGCUGCACGACUGCGGGGCCGGCCCUGGGACCCGCGCUGGCCCCGUCGGGGACCCUGGGGGCUCAGGGCCCGGCUCCGUCCCCCUCGCGAGUCUCUGCGCGGCAGCUGAGCGGCUUCAUCAACGGCAUGCUGCUCAACACGGACGAGCUGGUGACGCUGACGCAGCCGCUACAGCCGGCGGCGGGGGGAACGCCGCAGCAGCAACAGCAGCAGCCUCCACCUUCGCCGCCAUCGGGUCGUGUAGCAGUUCCACAAUUUCUGGCCAAAAGCCUCCGAAGCUUGCGUGGGGUCGCCAAGGACGGCACAGACGACAGCAUCACCACCGGCCGUGCGAGUGUCAACGGCCGAGUGAGUCUCUCCCUGGAGCGGGUCGCGCGGCCCUUCGCCGGCUUGGAGCCAAGGCCAGGACAGCCCGCACCCCGAGUACCGUCAGCACACUACAGCCGCAAGGCAAUGGCCACUGCCACAGGGACCGUCACGGCGGCGGCGGCGGCACAAGCACCGGAACUCACCGAUGCUGCUGCUGGCGGCGGCGGCGGCGGCGGCGCCACUGCCACCGCACCGGUGGCUGCCGACCCAUUUCUCAGCACUGCCACGAGCACUGUUGAAGAUUUGUUGAACAGCUUGAUGGAGUCGACGCCGGGAGGGCAGGGUAACGGCCAGGCUGCGGAUAGGCCUGCAGAUGGCGGCGGUGGGGGCCGCGGUGGCGGUGGCGGGGGUGGUGGUGGUGGUGGUGGCGGGGGUGGGCUGCUGUGGCACUGCAACUCAAUUCUUCAUGUGACAGCUGAGGAUGCCCGGAUGACUGCGCGGCAGCAAAUGGAUAUGCUGGUGACGAGUAUUACGGCGACGGGGGCGGAUUCGACUUUGGUGGCGAGGCAGGGGACUGCAUUCCAGGACGACCUUGCGCGCUUGCAGCUGGGGGAGGUCCUGGGUAGGGGUGGAGGGGGGGUUGUUCUGCGGGGAAAGACUGGAACCACGGAUGUGGCAGUGAAGCUCAUGGAGGUGCCCAUUGAGCUAGAGCCCACACACCCGGUUCAGCGUGUGCAGCAGCCCCAGCCCCAGCCCCAGCCAGAGGGCGGUGCUCGGCACAGCCUGGAUGGCACUGCUGAGCGGGAGCGGAUAAUGCUCCGCAACCGCAGGGCCAUGUUACGACAUGCCAUGGAACUGUGGUGCGGAACCAUGCUGUCGCACCCCAAUAUCGUGCAGGUGUACACCACCUUCAACUCUGUGGUCCUCAAGCUGCGGAAGGCACCGGACGGCACUCGCCAGUUCUACCUGGAGGCCGUACCGGAGGGAACGAGACCCAACAACAAUUACACCAACAACAGCAACACUAGCACCAACGGCGGUAACUGCACCAACGGCAACAACGGUGUUAAGUAUAGCCAACAACAGCAGCAGGAGCAGCGACCGGAGCCAGGUGUCGGCGACCCCGCCGCAGCCGCAGCCGUGGCGAACCCAGCUGUUGCCGAGGGCGAGGGUGGCAAAGACAAGGACAAGGCCGAGCUGGAGCCGAGUGACAGCAUCUGUACGGCGUUGCUGGUGGAGUGGUGCGACCGGGGAUCCCUCGCGUCGGCGCUUUACACCCGGACCUUCCCCCGGAUCAUACAACGGCAGUACGACGACGUUUUCAGGAUGAUGCCGUACGACAUGAAGGAUGUGUAUUUGACACUGCUGGAUGCGGCCCUAGCACUGAGACACCUGCACUCCCUGCACCUGGUGCAUAGGGUCCACCCGGCAGACCCGCGGGGGUUCACGGUCAAGCUGGCGGACUUUGGCUUCGUGAUGAAGCUGAACGAGCUGGACGCGGACGGCAGCCGAUACGUCCUUGUCGACCAGCCCGCCGGAACUGUAACCCACAUGCCACCCGAGGCCCUCAACAAGACUCCCCGCCUGGACGCUUCGGCUGACGUGUACGGCUUCGGGAUCCUGAUGUGGGAGUUGCUGGCGGGGGGUUUGCGGCCGUACUCCCAGGUGCCUCUGGAGCGAGUACCCCGACUGGUGGUCAAGGGAGGGAGGCCCGCCUUCCCGGAGAAUGUGCCGCAACCGUAUCGCUGCCUAGCCGCCGCAUGCUGGUCCGCGCACCCCGCCCAGCGGCCCCGGGCCGCCGACCUUGUGGCCACCAUCACCUCGGAGCUGGCAGCGCUGGAGUGA